GUGCCACUGCACUCCAACCUAGGUGACAGAGAGAGACUCUGUCUCAAAAAACAAAAAAUAGGUUGUUACUUAACUAUGGAUCCCAGAUAACUAUUAGACCAUUCCUGAUGCAAAUCCACCUCAGCCAACAGCUUCUUCUUGACUUGCUUUUCUCCCAGCAGUUUGCUCUGAAUGAAUUUGUCAAGUGACUGAAGGCAACCAGUGAUGGACGGGGCCAAUGACAGCUCCUUGAAGGGCUUUGUUCUGAUGGGCAUAUCUGACCAUCCCCAGCUGGAGAUGAUCUUUUUCAUAGCCAUCGUUUUCUCCUAUUAGCUGACCCUACUUGGGAACUCAGUCAUCAUCUUGCUUUCCUGCCUGGAUGCCCGGCUCCACACACCCAUGUACUUCUUCCUCAGCAACCUCUCCUCCUUGGACCUUGCUUUCACUACUAGCUCAGUCCCCCAAAUGCUGAUCAAUUUAUGGGGACCAGACAAGACCAUCAGCUAUGGUGGCUGCGUGACCCAGCUCUAUGUCUUCCUUUGGCUGGGGGCCACCGAGUGCAUCCUGCUCAUGGUGAUGGCAUUUGACCACUACGUGGCAGUGUGUCGGCCCCUCCGCUACACCACCAUCAUGAACCCCCAGCUCUGCUGGCUGCUGGCUGUGAUUGCCUGGCUGGGUGGCUUGGGCAACUCUGUGAUCCAGUCAACAUUCACUCUGCAGCUCCCAUUGUGUGGGCACCGGAGGGUGGAGAGCUUCCUCUGUGAGGUGCCUGCCAUGAUCAAAGUGGCCUGUGGCGACAUGAGCCUCAAGGAGGCUGUGCUCAAUGGUGUCUGCACCUUCUUCACUGCAGUCCCACUAAGCAUCAUCCUGAUCUCCUACUGCCUCACUGCUCAGGCAGUGCUGAAAAUCCACUCUGCAGAGGGGAGGCGAAAGGCCUUCAAUACAUGCCUCUCCCACCUGCUGGUGGUGUUCCUCUUCUAUGGCUCAGCCAGCUAUGGCUAUCUGCUUCCGGCCAAGAACAGCAACCAGGACCAGGGCAAGUUCAUUUCCCUGUUCUACUCAGUGGUCACGCCCAUGGUGAAUCCUCUCAUCUACACGCUGCGGAACAUGGAAGUGAAGGGCGCACUGAGAAGGUUGCUGGGGAAAGGAAGAUAAGUUGGCUGA